GUUGUUCAUGUUUCAGUUGUUCAGCUCCACUGAAAGCUCGAGCUUGUUGGAUCCAGGGCUUCUCGGCUGUCCCUGCUCCACCUGCUCAACUGCUAAAUGCUCAGUGAGUGAGUGAGUGAGUGGGAGUACGCAUGUGUUCAAGGACCACCACCACCAUCCUCAUCCUCCCCUUGGUUGUGAACUUGGCCCUGACCAGGGCUCAUCCCACUAGACCAUCAUCAUCAUCUCUUAAAUAAAAAGUACACUGAUACAUCUACCAAUGGUGAUCGGGAGACAUUCAUUGUUGCACAUUCAAUAGAUAGAUUUAACGUGAGCACGGAUUUUGUGAACUCUCUAAACCGAGAUUGGACCCGAGUCCGCAAUCCAAAUGGCCGUGAUUGACUUGAUGCUGGGGGUGGUGCGGGCGGUGGUGUUCGUGUACGAUGUGCUCACCUAUCCCGUGUACACAUUCAUCCAACAGCCUUGGGAGGCCAAAACGCGCCAGAACUUGGGAGUGGUCCAUCAAACCGAGAGGAAUGCCGAGGCCAUCGCCUUCAGGCGCGAUAAAGGGGCGAGUGAGAUUUACCAGGAGAUUAUCGUCCGCAAUGGUGUGGACACAGUCAGCAAGGCCUUCAACUACUCCGUCAAGAAGUUCGGCCAAAAGGAGUGUUUGGGCAUCCGAGAAGUCCAUGGGAUUGAAGAUGAGGUUCAACAGAAUGGCAAGGUGUUCCAGAAGCUCUCUUUAGGGGAUUACCAAUGGCUCUCGUACAACGAGGUGCAGACACAAGCUCACGCUUUUGGUCGGGGUUUGCGCGAUCUGGGCCUGAAACCCGGAUCCAAGAUCUCGAUGUUCGCCGAGACGCGGGCCGAGUGGAUGAUGGACUCAGUGAGCAAGCGAGGCCCGAGCUUUCAGAAGGUAUUCAAUUUCUGUUACGAAUACAAGCGGUACUGGAUGAAGCGCGGGCGAGGUACGCCCAUUUGUGAUAAGAUCGUGUUUAACAAGAUCCGAAGCCUCUUGGGUGGAAAGAUGGACUUCGUUCUCGUGGGCGGAGCUCCCUUGUGUGAGAAAACUCACGACUUCAUCCGCACUUGUCUAGGCGUCACCGUUGUACAGGGCUACUCGCUCACUGAAUCGGGUUGUACGGGCACCGUCAUGGAGAGCCGUGAUCUGUCCACGGGCACGGUAGGCCGGCCAAUGACCGGCCUAGAGGUCAAGCUCAUCAACUGGGAGGAGGGCAACUACAACGUCUCGGAUACGCCACGACCCCGUGGGGAGAUCUGUCUGAGUGGCACGCCAGUGGCUAAGGGUUACUUCAAAGUCGACUCCAAUACCAAAGACUCAUUCUUCGUAGACAACCAGGGUAAACGUUGGUUCAAGACCGGCGAUGUCGGAGAGUUCGACAGUCAAGGACAAUUGCGCAUAAUUGAUCGGAAGAAAGAUUUGGUGAAGCUUCAACUCGGCGAAUACGUGUCUCUGGGCAAAGUUGAGGCUCAGCUGAAAACUCAUCCUUUGGUUGAGAACAUUUGCGUCUACGGAGAUCCUUAUAAACAGACCACAGUAGCAUUGGUUGUGCCCAGUAAGGUGCAUUUAGAGGCACUCGGGCAAAGAUUGGGCAAAACGGAAUCCUUCGAGCAAUUGUGCACGGAUUCGGAUGUGCUGGAGGCCGUACUCAAGGACCUGAGCACUACAGGUCUGUCCCAAGGCCUGGAGAAGUUCGAGAUCCCUUCGGCCUUGACCCUGUGUCCAGAUCCUUGGACUCCAGAAUCGGGACUCAUCACGGCCGCAUUCAAGUUGAAACGCAAGGUGGUUCAGCGGCAAUUCCAAGACCGCAUCAAUCAAAUGUAUAGCCAGAAGCGGCCAUCCUCACCCUGAGCGCAUCGUUGUUGUUGAGGGCGCAAUCUCAGAAUGGGACUCCAGCCUCCAUUUGAUCUUGUUGAUGUAGUUGUGUCGUGUGUCUGGUAAUCGUUGCAUACCCACCCAACAUCCCCUACUUGCCUCAAGAUCUUGGGCUGAACGUGUACUACAAAUUGACCAAUCAACUACUCAUCACAUUUUUCUUGCUAGUGAAAUUACUCUCCUCCUCAUAAAAUAGUCUGCUUAGAUCUCUGCUCUCUCGAGGACUAUGAAUCGAAUCUUUCCCUCAUUAUUAUUAUUAUUAUUAUUAUUAUUAUUAUUCUCAUUAGUAUUGAAUUCAUGAACCACCCAUCCCUUUGAAUAUUCUCUCAGUUCAAGUUUUGUUAGUAAAUGGAGGCCUCCACUUCAACUUCUGUUUUGUUGAGCUUAUGAGAACAACCAUUAAAGGGUCUUUAAGAGUCAAAUCCGAUAUACCCUGUUCUUGACUGUAUGUUUGAGAGGUUGGUUUGGGUCUUCAGUUGUUCUUGGGUACGUUUAACCAUGUCAAUUGUUGGCCGGAAACGUGUUUUAAGGACUAUCUUCGCCCGCAAAUGCUCGUAUUAAGCUCGUAAUGCCGCAAUGAGAAAAAAUCAUGGCUGAGUUUGCGGGGCUCACCAAAGACAUACAUCUGCAAUUUCUUGGAACAUGAGUUCAGGCACACACUUUAAGUUUUUUGACUUGUCAAACUCUGCUUUGCGCAAUACUUAAAAACCUUAGAGGGCUUGUGACUAGCCCUCUAGAAAAACCCAAUUCGGACCACUCGAUGAAGUUGCGUGAUCAUGGGUCGUACCAUAGAAAACCAUUAUAUGAAGUUAUCUAUGGGUCGUACAUACGCCAGGCGCAUUGGUUUCUAUUACUUCAAGGAAUUUAGCUCGAAAAGUGAAAAAAAACGGUUCAAAUUGAAACUAAGAUAAUCAUAACAGGUGGAUGAAACUGUCACACCUGCCCUGCAGUUUGAGGGAGGAUUUUUUUUCACCACAUUUCCUUCCAGCUGAGAAGACGGAUUUUCAUGAUGUUUCUUUUGAUCAUUUCCUAUGAUAAAGCUAUUCACACGUUCAUGAUGGAAAACUUCCAUUUACGAAUUAUUUGCUUUAAAACUACUGUAAGUUAUCCUGUGCAUCCCUCAAGAAUAUUGUGAAAUAUUGGUAAUUUUAUCUAAAUUUUCUUGUGCAAAUUGAAGCGACAAUUUUUGGCAAUUUUGGUGCCAAUUAAACCCACCUUUAUCCACAAAUUUUCCCCGGGCCCACAAUUGAUCACCCAAACUAUCACAACCACACUCUCUUGCCAUUUGAUUAUAUGAACUAGUCGAUUCAGCGUUCUUUCCCGGGGUAUGAAUGGGGAUAUAUUUGUGAACAAGUAUAAUAAUCUUAAAAGACAGUUUUUUCCUAUGUCUCAACAACCAUCUUUGUAUGUAGUGACCAAUCUCGGCCGUUUCAAGGCAAUAGAAGAGGACGAACUUGAAUUCUAGGACACUCCGUAAUCUCAAUAUAGAGUACAAAAUGACGGUAAGAACUUAUGGCGAGUUCAUACCUUUCCGCUCCUACAAAAGAUACCGCUCCAAUAUUUCCAACAAUGGGGCUUUGUCUUGUGCCUAACAUCCCUCGAUGGAUUUUAGAGAACUAUUUAUCAUGCAUGCUGAAUUCUAUACCCAAAUGAAGGAAUUCUUCGAAAAACAAAGGCACACCCUCCUUUUCUGACGAACUAACACGCGAGUAGAUUAAUUCUAAGAGGCAAAACCUUCGCCUCAGGUAAAUUAAUAAUGGCAUUUGGAGAACGUUUUCACCGUUUAUUCCUAGUAGGAGAAUAAGGUCGGGAAAACAAGUUAUGUAUGCAGCAUAAUAAUUUACCGUAACUGUAAUUGUUCUUGUCGUAGCAGCAAUAUCAGUAAGAUCGAGGUUGUCCAAGUUUCUGUAUCAUCAUGUUCAGUGUAUUCAUUAAAAUUGCCAUUCCUUUCGAUGAGAGACAAACAAAAGACUUCUUCCGCCAAAAAACGGCAAUCCGGUUCAUGCGUGCGCCACUCCAGAAUCGACGACCGUGAUCAAGAAGGUCAUCAUCGUCAAAGAGAAGAAAGGGGGGGGGGGAAGUUCAGCAUCAUCGUUUCCUUCUUCUUUGUUCUUGACACGGGUCUUCAAAUAGGAAGGCGGCUUGGGUUGGAUCAUCAUUGAUGGGGACAAACCUCGUCUCGUGGGGAAAGUUCACAAAGUCAUUCUGGUUUCUUUUUCUUCAUCAUCAUUUCAGGGACUAAAGAGUUGCGCAAGGGAGCAAACUCGGUCCCUCUUCUUUCUUCUCCCUUCCCUCACAAGAGAAUAACAGAUGCUCCCAAUGGCGUUCACUACUCGCCUGAAGGUCCCACUCCCACAUCGGUUUCCUCGUAGCACAAUGGGGUGUGAGCGUGUCCGGGGUUUCGUCUAAGGCCACGGGGUACUGCGUCAGCUUAUGGGUUGGGGAAGGGCGGGAGUUUGGGGGGGGG